AUAAAAUAAAUUUAAUCCCUACCGCUAUUUCAGUUGAAUAACAAUCACACAUAAAUAAUACCUACAUAUAAAUUAAAGUCAUAUCCAAAUUUCUCUUAUUUUUUUAAACAUGUCUCGGAAGCAUGAGGAUUACGAUGAGUUCUGCGAUCCUGACAAGCCAAGGGUCAUUAAAAUGGAAGAUGUGGUAAGCGCCGCAGACAGGAUCAGGGAACACAUAUAUUUAUCUCCAUGUGUGCCCUCUCAUCUCCAGGAAGAAUUUGUCAUACAUCUGUAUUACAAAGAGGAAUUAUUACAGAAGACAGGCUGCUUCAAAGAAAGAGGAGUCUUGAAUGCCCUACAGCUCUUGCCAGCUGACAAAAAGAAAAUCGGGGUGGUUAUAGCGUCUUUAGGCAACGAAGCGGUCAGUCUUUGUUACCAUGCGGCAAAGAUGAACGUUCCCGUGAUCGUGGUUAUGCCGCCACAUACGCCGAUCAUGAAACAACAGAGAUGCCACAGCCUGGGUGCCAGAGUCAUACUGCAGGGUGCUAGUCUCAUUGACGCGCAAAGAUACGCCAGGGCUAUAGCUAGAGAAAAAGGAUUGACGUAUAUAAAUAGUCGCGACCAUCCUCAUAUCCUAGCUGGCUACGGCACCAUUGCGCUAGAGGUUCUAGAGCAGGUGCCGUUCGUAGACGCGCUGAUUGUGCCAGUGGGUCAAGGAGGGCUGGUGUCAGCUAUCGCUGCCGUAGUCAAGCAGAUGAAGCCCCAUUGCCAGGUUUAUGGCGUCCAGACUGAAGCGAUGGCCCCGUUUUUCGAGUCGCUAAAAGUUGGCGCACCGGUGACUGUGGUGACGCAGCCGACCAUGGCUGACGCCAUCGCUGUACCAGCAGUUGGUGUCAAUUCCCUCCACAACGCACUUCCAUUGGUUGACAAAAUGUUGCUGGUCAAAGAAGAAUGGAUAGCGCGUGCGAUGCUGCACUUGAUCGAGAAGGAGAAGCUCAUUGUGGAAGGCGCAGGAGCGUGCCCGCUAGCUGCGGUUUUAGGGAAUAUUGUUCCUGAACUGAAGACUAAGCAUGUGGUGUGCAUCCUCAGCGGAGGAAAUGUUGAUUCUCUCACUCUAAAUCGAUGUAUUGAUCGCGGAUUGGCAGCCGAUUACAGAUUGGUCAAAUUUACAGUCGGUAUAAACAACAAUACAUUCUCAAAUGCCCAACUCCUGAAGCUGCUCGCAGCCGGCGGCUACAGCGUGUUGCGCCAGUUUAGAGACAACUCGUGGUGUGAGGACGAAACUUACACUGUUGAAAUAAGACUUGUGUGUGAAACCAAAGGCCUGGAGCAUUCGUUAGAACUUAAGAGAGUCAUAGAACGAGCUUAUCCCUUGACGUCUACCUUUGAAACAGAACCAUUUAACGACAAAAGGACUUGCCCUUGUUACGUUCGAAAAAUACGUGAUAUCAUUUAAAAUUUUAUAUCAAGGUGGCCUCGGUGGAGCCAUUUGUUAGUGUUUUUUUCAUUCAUAACAGAGCUGUGGAACAAACAAAAUGUCCAUCCUUUAAAAAAGAUAUAGGUACCUUCAAAUUA